CUUGCGCGUUUCUCUCCGCAGCUUCUCACACCUGCCCACCGCUCCGCCCUGCGAGUCUAGCGGCCUCACAGGCAGACAGACCCCGGGGUCACGGUUUUCCACCGCCGGACCGGACCCUCCCCUGCGACACAGCUGCGCUCCGCACCCGGAAACGGUGGUCAGCGGCCCGAUCGUCAAGUCAUCGUCUGUCGUCCUCCAGUCCUGCGCCAGUGGCCAGUGGAGAGCUGUGGAGAGCUGUGGAAAGCGAGCAGAGGAACUGCCCCCAGCUCUGCCGGAGGUCCCUGUUGUGGGGAAAGUUUUCCCACAGCCGUGUUUAUUGGCCCGGUGUUUUACCCGCGGCCGAGCGAGAGAGCUUGUCCCUGAGCCCGCGCGCCCGCCAGGAUGGAUUUCCAGCACCGGCCGGGGGGGAAGACGGGGAGCGGGGGGGUCGCCUCGGCGUCGGAGAGCAACCGGGACCGGCGCGAGCGCCUGCGGCAGCUGGCCCUGGAGACCAUCGACAUCAACAAGGACCCCUACUUCAUGAAGAACCACCUGGGCUCCUACGAGUGCAAACUGUGCCUGACGCUGCACAACAACGAGGGUAGCUACCUGGCGCACACGCAAGGGAAGAAGCAUCAGACCAACCUUGCGAGACGAGCAGCCAAGGAGGCGAAGGAGGCCCCAGCCCAGCCCGCGCCGGAGAAGGUGAAGGUAGAGGUGAAGAAGUUUGUGAAGAUCGGGAGGCCGGGAUACAAAGUGACAAAACAGAGGGACCCAGAGACUGGUCAACAGAGUCUCCUUUUCCAGAUCGAUUACCCCGAGAUCGCAGAAGGCAUCGCCCCUCGUCACCGGUUCAUGUCGGCGUAUGAGCAGCGAAUCGAGCCCCCUGACCGGCGCUGGCAGUACCUGCUCCUGGCUGCCGAGCCCUACGAGACGAUCGCCUUCAAGGUGCCCAGCAGGGAGAUAGACAAGGGCGAGAACCGUUUCUGGACACACUGGAACAGAGAGACCAAGCAGUUCUUCCUGCAGUUCCACUUCAAGAUGGAGAAGAUUCUGCCCCCUUCCAAUGGCCCGGUGCCCCCGAUGGGAGUGAAGAGACCCCCUCCCCUGAUGGGAGGGAUGCCUCCCCGGCCCCCGCCCAGCGAACCCAUGCCCCCCCCUCCACCGGGAGGGAUGCCCAUGCCCCCCCUGCCCCCCGGUGCGCCUGCUCCCCCUCAAAUGCCCCCCCAGCUGCCUCCUGCCCCAGGCAUCCCCCCUCCUGCGCCCAUGCCCCCCCUCCUGCGGCCUCCCCUGCCAGCCGAAGGCCCCGGGGGUCUGCCCCCGCCUCCGCCAAGUGCCCCAUAGUGCCUCCCUCUCCCCCCGGAUCCUCUCCCUGCCCCCACCCUGCACUCCCACCCCACAUCCCUCUGUGUUCUCCACGCCAGCCCUGUUCGCUGCGGCCCCUUGACCACACUCUUCCUCUGUCCUGCGUCUGGAACUGGCCUGCGGGGCCGUUUGCCCUCGUCUCUCGUUUUUAUUUCCCCAGAAUAAAUUUUUUUUUAG